GAGGAGAGUAGCCGUUGUUGGUAGCGAAUCUGCCAUCAUUCCUGUACACACACCCCAUGUCGCUACCCUUCUGACCAUCCUUUCACCCCUCUGACUUACUCCGUACAGUCCUCCUGAUUCUAUUUGACGCCUUACUUCUUACCCAUCGCUCAAGAGCCGGCUCUUGUGCGACAUUGCUUGUUGCUGCCCAACUGAUCCUCUCCUUCACAUCACAACCCACGAAUAAUACACGCCCAUAGACCUAAUCAAUUCCAGACACUCACCACUCGUAGACAUCCACGCAAUAUGGUGUCUUUCCAAUGCGAGGCCUGUGGCGACGUCCUCACCAAGAAGAAACUCGACCCGCACCGCAACCAAUGUCGAGGCGCAGUCUUUACGUGCAUAGACUGCAUGACAACCUUUCAAGGAAGAAGCUAUAGCUCGCAUACAUCAUGUAUCACCGAAGACCAGAAAUACCAGGGCGCUUUAUACCGCGAGAAGCCUUCCAAAGCCGCGAAGAGAAAGUCGGUCUCCAUAGUCGAGCCGAACAACAGUAAAGCACUCGUGCCUCGUGCAGCAUACGUGGAGGACGCGCCUGAUGUCGAGACCCCUCCACACGUUCCUACCCCUCCACCAGCUGUACCAGAUUCCAAUCGCGACAGCGUUUUUGACUACAUGGUGGACGAAAGUCAGCCAGAAACACCACUCAUCAGCUACUCAAGAGACAAGGGCGAGAUGUCAAUGAAAAACAGCGCACCCUCCAUCUUUUCCAACAGUCGACCUUCAAGUCAAAAUGGGCAUCGACACAACGAGGAGUCACUCCACAGUAAAGAGUAUGAAGAGCGAGGGUACAGCUGGGGAACAGAGCCUGUCAAACCUCGCGCAUCGCUGGACAUCAACGGCAGUUCUUUGUCACUCGAAUUCAUGACCCCGGCCGCUAAGGAGGCAAAGUCAAAACUGGACAAGAACCGCCCUCGGGCGCACAGCCGUACCAACAGCAGCGAGAAGAAACGAAAGCGACCGACCGAUGACCAGACCCAUGAGUCAGAUCGAGAUACGUUGAUGGUGGAUACGUCCAAGACGGAUACACCAGGUAUCGUGCACUCUGGUCUCACAGGAGGCUUGAGCCGCAUGGUGACCCAGGAUGAAUACCCAUUCCGACGAUCGCCUGAGACGGUAGAGAGGCGGCAGGUGGCUGAGAAGGACCGUCACAGCCGACGGACUCAUAAACCCGAAGAUCCAACUUCGCCUCUGAAGCGGACCCGCCAUACUAAGGAAGAUCCAAACGGCCUAGGCAUCUCGAUCAAGGGCAGGGCGGUCAAGGCUCUUUCUAUGGUCGGAGGCGCUCUUCUUCCCGGAUCACAACUCGAAGGUCAGCAAGCCAACACUCGGGUACGAAGGAGAGCAAGCUCUUCCGACCAUGGUCAAAGCCUGAGUCGUGUCCGUGAAGGGGAGAAGCGUGAGAGGAAGAAACAUAAAGUCCACCGGCAUAAUGGGACAGCGUCCGCGAACAUCCGUCAUGAGCACCGAUCCCGGCGUCGUGGCAAUAGUGACGAUACUUCACAAAACGAAGGCACGACGCGCAAACUCAAGGCCAUUGAAUAUCGCAAGCAUGAUGACUCGGCCUCGGAUUCAGAUGAGGGUGGUAAGCGGAAAGACGCAAACGCCAUGAUUGUCUUCGGUCAAGAACAGAGGAUGCAGCAUUCAUGCCAAAAUUUCCUUGCUAAUGCUCCAGGCUUGGAGUCUGAGAAGGGCUACUCUAUCCACAAGAUGCUUAAGCGCUGGCACAAGCACAAUGAUGCGAGGAGUGGGUCGGCCAAAGCGGAUGAAGAAAGCGAGCUGUGGAGAGCGCUGCGAAUCCGGAGGAAUGAGAAGGGCGAGUAUGUCGUCUUCUUCUGAUGCCUCCUCACCCUUUACGCCUUCGUCGGCAUCAUAUGGAGAGAUUGAGGCCUCUUCCCAGUUGCAAGAUUUGUGUUGAUGACAUGAGCUUUGUCGCUUGAACACUUGUCUUUUUCUUAUGACUGGGAGCGGUUAUGGCAUGCGCAGCAUAUUCAUAGAGAUCUAAUGAUUGUAUAAUAUGGAUUAUGAGACGACAUUAUGGAGAAGUCGUGCCGUGGAAGCUUGUAUGGGAUUGACAUCACUUGAGAGAACAAUCAGCAUAGAGAGAGCACUUUUGCAUCGCAAUUAAGGACAGAACAGAAAAAC